AAUUUUUUUUUUAAUAAUAAAUAUUUACUGAAUUAAAACCUUAAUGGAUCCGACUGAUACAAGACCGCAGUUUGGAAAUAGAUUUCUCGAAAAUGUGGACGAGGUCUUCAAGCAUAAUGCUUGGUACUAUUUUUCAUUUGACAAAAAGAUUUUGUAAGAGUUUAAAAAAGUGUGAUGUACGAAUGUUAGAGAAUACAAGAUAUCGCAAGAAGCCUCCCGGGGGAUCUAGAUAUUUAAAUGAUAAACAAUACCUCUAUGAAUUUAAUGCUUGGGAUAACGUACAAUGGGACGAAGAACAAGAAAAGGCUGCUCAAGAAAAGGUUGAAAAAAAUUCUAUAGUAACAUUUACUGAGGACCGCUUAAAAGAUUUAGAAGAAAAUGCAGACAAACAUUGGAAUGCAUUUUAUGACAUACAUCAAAAUAGAUUUUUUAAAGAUAGACACUGGCUUUUCACAGAAUUCCCAGAACUAGCACCUGACAAUCCGUCAGCUCCUGAAAGAGUAUACCCAGAUAACCAAAACACUAGUUCUGUAAAACCAAACACAUCCGAUGAUAGCAAGCGUUUUAUUUUUGAAAUUGGAUGUGGAGUUGGUAAUACUAUUUUUCCUAUCCUACAAUACAGUCAAGACCCCAAUUUAUUUGUUUAUGGAUGUGAUUUCUCAUCAAAAGCAAUUGAAAUUAUGCAACAAAAUGAACUUUAUAAUACAAAGAGAUGUAAUGUGUUUGUAUUGGAUGCAACUGUUACGGACUGGGAGGUGCCAUUUAAGGAAAAUUCUAUAGACAUAAUAGUCUUAAUAUUUGUGUUAUCUGCAAUAGAUCCCGCUAAAAUGCCGGGACUUAUUGCAAAUAUAUACAAAUAUUUAAAACCUGGUGGUUUAGUUGUGUUCCGGGACUAUGGAAAAUAUGAUUUGGCACAACUUAGAUUUAAAAAGGGCCGUUGUAUUUCUGACAAUUUCUAUGCUCGAGGAGAUAAUACGAAAGUUUACUUUUUUACUCAAGAAGAAAUAAGAAAUUUAUUCACAUCUGUCGGUUUUAUAGAGGAGCAAAAUUUAAUUGAUAGAAGAUUACAAGUCAAUAGAGGUAAAAUGCUUACAAUGUAUAGAGUUUGGAUACAAGGAAAAUAUAGGAAACCUUUAUAAAGAAUAUUAUAUG